AUGGGGAACGCCCUGUCUGUCAUAUCAUCGUAUCAGAAAAGAAAGCCGUUACCUAUGCACAGCAAGCUGUUGGGAGAUCCUGAAAAAAGACAUCUGUGUGCAUGGGCCGAAGAUCUGCAGCAUGGACAGACUCUGUCCAGCAGCUCUGUUAGGGUUUUUGUGGCACUGCUGCAAGAUCAAGCACCCAUGGAAACAUCCGGGAGGAUCACCUUCAUUGGGUUUAUGGAAGCUGGGUUGUCAGGGCAACAAUGGUACCACCCCUCUGUAGAUCUUUCCUCAGCUCCUUUGACUUUUGAUUAUGUCCUUGCCUUAAAAAGACGCCGAAACAAGUCACAUGAUUUAGCGCUUUUUAGUCGAAGCCAUUUGAUUUCUGACCGCAGUUUGGGUUAG